CCCAAACUCGGACCUUCCUCCAUCCUUCGCGCCAGGCGAAGCCCAAGACGUUGACAUGCCGGAGAUCCGUCUCCGCCAUGUGGUGUCCUGCAGUAGCCAGGACUCGACCCACUGUGCAGAAAACCUCCUCAAGGCGGACACUUACCGAAAAUGGCGAGCAGCCAAGGCAGGCGAGAAGACCAUCUCUGUGGUGCUCCAGCUGGAGAAGGAGGAACAGAUACACAGCGUGGACAUCGGCAAUGACGGCUCGGCUUUCGUGGAGGUGCUGGUGGGCAGCUCGGCUGCAGGGGCUGGGGAGCAAGACUACGAGGUAAGCAGGGCUUCAAGUUGAGCCCCAUGCUGAUCCCUGCCCCAGGUGCCCUCAGCCCUGUUCCCGCCAGGGCCUCCUGGGUGAGUCCCACUGCCCUCUGCCCCCUGGAGGAGCAGGCACGGGUGAUAAACCGCACACCAGGGCAGAGACCCACGUUUGCUUCGGGGAGGGGGCCGUGAACAACCGGGCACACUUGUUUGGUCUAAGAGGCAGCCACUGCUUGAGGGCAAACCUGCUUUUCUGUGGUCCCAGAGGUUCUCACAGAUGUCCUGGCGAAUCAAGAUUCUGCAUUGUUUGGGAUGCCUCUGUUAGUCACUUUAUUUUUUUUUAUUUUUUUAUUUUUUUUAAUAUUUUAUUUAUU